AUCAAGAUGCAGCUCACCACCGCCCUCCUCCUUACAGCACUGACAGCCCUAACCCGCGGCUCCCCAACGCAAAAGCCCGCAUACAGCAUCACCUCACCCACCUCCGGCGCGAUCCUGACCCCAAACACGCCCAGCGUAAUCUCCUGGACAACGACGCAACGCAGCAGCGCAAAGCUCUCCCUGCACGUCGAAACAACAACAAACCACACAUCGCUCUACACGAUCGCCACGAACAUCACCAACUCGGGCUCGAUCUCCUGGUCUCCGCCCGCCCGCCUACCCCCGGGGUCGGAGUACAUCAUCGUCAUCGACCCUUCCUCUGGCAUCGACACAGACACAAGCACCACCACUUCCAAUAACAAUGACGCCACGACCUACUACCCAACCGAGAACCAGCCCGUCACGCGCGGGAAGACCACUAUCCUCACCUGGCCAGUCGAGAAGGAGACGGCCCACGUCAGUGUGUACCUGAUGGAAGGCGCAUCCAGCACCGACUCGAGGAAUGUGUCCACUGUCGCGACGCAUGUCGCUAACUCGGGGAGUCUGGCGUGUGUGCUGCCGGGGAAACUGACCCUGGCGGAUGAUUAUCGGUUUGCGGUUGUGGAUGUCGAUGAUGCGGAGAAGGUGAAGUAUUCGGCUACGUUUCGGGUUGUCGGGGAGGAUGAGGAUGAUGAUGCGGGUGACGAUGAGGAUAAGAAGGGGGAUGAGAAUGAGAGGAAAGGGGAGAAGAAAAAUGAGACGGAUGGGACGGGGGAUGAUUCGGCUGCUGCCACGGGU